AUGUCACAACAAGAGAAGACAGCUCCUGUGCCUUUAGGUGACUUAUCUAAGUUGAGCAUUCCAACAUUACCAAGUGUCACUCCAGAACCUCCAAAGUCAAAUGGUUUAUGGUCCUCGAAUCCUGUUUUCAGUUAUAUAAAUGAUGUCUAUAUUACCAUCAGUGAACAUCGUAAGUCACUCGGUUUAACUAACCCAGGAACAAUUGAAAACUUAAACCAAGAAGUUGCCCGUAAUGUUUUCGUCAACCAAUACUUUUUCACUGGGUUAAGAGCUGACUUGAAUAAGGCAUUUUCCAUGUCCCCAGCUUUCCAAACCUCCCACACUUUAUCCAUUGGAUCCAAUGUAUUACCACCAUAUGCAUUCUCUGCAUUGUAUGCCACUGAUGACUAUUUCCUCCAAGGUAAUAUCGAUAACUCUUUAUCAUUUUCUGGUAGAGUUAACUAUGGCUGGGACAAGCAUAAUAUUUCCAAGUUAACUUUGCAAUUAGCUAACGGUGAACAAUCAAUGGUCCAAUUAGAGCAAGAUUAUCAAGCCAAUGAUUUCUCUAUCAAUGUGAAAACUUUGAAUCCAUCAUUCUUAUACGGAGGGUUUAGUGGGGUUGCAGUUGCUUCAUUAUUACAAUCCUUAACUCCAAAGUUUGCUGUUGGUUUAGAAGCAAUGUACUCCAAACAACCAGUUAACCCACCAGACACUGCCGUAUCAUAUGUCGCUCGUUAUAAUGCUGAAAAGUGGAUAGCUUCUGCUCAAAUUCAAGCUCAAGGUGCUUUGAUUGCGUCUUUCUGGAGAAAAGUAUCUGAUCACGUCGAAGCAGGUUUAGAAACACAAGUCGCAGCUACUAUGAAACAAGUUGCUGACCCAUUAAUGGGUACAAUUGGAUUUGAACCUGUUAUUGAAGGUCAAACCACCAUUGGUGCAAAAUACGAGUAUCGUACCGCUGUAUUCAGAGGUCAAUUAGACUCUAAUGGUAAGGUUAGCGCCUUCUUAGAAAAGAGAAUAUUACCAACUGUUUCAGUCUUAUUUUCUGGUGAAAUUGAUCAAUCAAAGAGCUCAUCCAGACUCGGUUUAGGAUUACAAUACGAGGCCGCCGGUAAUGAACAAUUAAUGUUGAUGCAACAAGGUUUAGUUGACGCAAACGGUAACCCAGUUCCAGGUGCACCACAAGUUUAG